AUGGCCCUGGCGGCGCGGGUGCUGGGGCCCGGCCGCUCGGGCCCCGCCAUCUCUGCCCGCAAAGGGAGCCCGUGGCUGCUGGGGGCGGCGGCGCUGGCCCUCGGGGGCGCCCUGGGGCUGUACCACACGGCGCGGUGGCACCUGCGCGCCCAGGACCUCCGCGCCGAGCUCUCAGCCGCGCAGCUAUCCCUGUCCAGCCGCCUGCAGCUGACCCUGUACCAGUAUAAGACAUGUCCCUUUUGCAGCAAGGUCCGCGCCUUCCUCGACUUCCACGCCCUGCCCUACCAGGUGGUGGAGGUGAACCCUGUGCGCAGGGCGGAGAUCAAGUUCUCCUCCUACAGGAAGGUGCCCAUCGUGGUGGUUCAGGAAGGAGACAGCUCGCAACAGCUGAAUGACUCCUCUGUCAUCAUCAGUGCCCUCAAGACUUAUCUGGUGUCGGGGCAGCCCCUGGAAGAGAUCAUCACCUACUACCCACCCAUGAAGGCCAUGAAUGACCAGGGCAAGGAGGUGACCGAGUUCUGCAACAAGUACUGGCUCAUGCUCGAUGAGAAGGAGGCCCAGCAAAUGUAUGGCGGGAAGGAGGCGAGGACGGAGGAGAUGAAGUGGCGGCAGUGGGCGGAUGACUGGCUGGUUCACCUGAUCUCCCCCAAUGUGUACCGCACGCCGGCCGAGGCCCUGGCCUCCUUUGACUACAUUGUCCGCGAGGGCAAGUUCGGGGCUGUGGAGGGCACCAUGGCCAAGUACAUGGGCGCAGCUGCCAUGUACCUCAUCAGCAAGCGACUCAAGAGCAGGCACCACCUCCAGGAUGACGUGCGUGAGGACCUCUACGAGGCCGCCAACAAGUGGGUGGCAGCUGUGGGCAAAGACCGGCCCUUCAUGGGGGGCCAGAAGCCAAACCUCGCUGAUCUGGCGGUGUACGGUGUGCUGCGAGUGAUGGAGGGCCUGGAGGCCUUCGAGGACCUGAUGCGGCACACGCACAUCCAGCCUUGGUACCUGCGGGUGGAGAAGGCCAUCGCGGAGGCCCCCCCAGCACACUGAGCAUCCCCACCCUGAGCAGGGGGAAGGUGGCAGAAGAUGCCAGCUGCCAUGGACAAGGACCACUGGGCCAGCACCUGGCGAUGCUGUGUGUGUGUUGGCGGGGAGGAUCAUUCUGCCUGUUGUCCACGCCCCCAGCCCUCUUGCUUCUAACACUGAACACCUGCUAGGGCCCUGGGAGGCUGGGGACAAGGCCCAGGCUCGAUUUCCGUUCACAACCCCCCAAGGGUUAGGGAGUGUCUACCUGCUCCUUCGCCCUCUGCCCCCACUCCCAUGCCAGUCCCCGGGUGCGGACCCCGGCCCUGACCCCCUCCCUUGUCCCGGUCCUCCCUGCUCUUCAGCCCUCCUCCUAGGCUCUUGAUGGCUGCCCUAUGGCUACACCCUGUGCGGGGGAUUGGAGUGGACCCCCACCCUCGACAAGAGCAAUGGGACAGUUUGUUUUAGGGAGAGCCCCGUCCUGGCUCCCCCCAUUCCAGCUCUUCCCAAGCACCCCCAGGCCUGGGUCACUCUGGUUUGCAAUAAAGGAAAGGUUUGCUGCUC